AUGAUCAUCUGCUCCGAUGCAGCCUGGAAAGAAGAUCUGAGAGCAGCAGGACUAGGAUGGACAAUAUCAAACCAGGAAUUGGGGCUCAAGCUAGCCAGAUCUGAAACUCGGAAUCAUGUCGGAUCCCCCCUGGUAGCGGAAGCGAUGGCUCUCCUCGCAGCGCUCCGACAUGCAAAAACUUUACAACUGACGAUGGUGACGGCUUUCUCCGAUUCACAAGAGCUCAUCAAAUCCCUCAACGGAAGACCAAGCGACAAACACCUCUAUGGUGUAUUGCACGAUAUCAUGUCAAUCCGCGAUUUAUUUUCUAGUAUUUCUUUUUACUAUGUACCAAGGAAGAACAAUGGUGAAGCGGACUCUCUGGCAAAGAGAGCCCUCACCACAUCUGAACCCGGUUUGCUUUAA